AUGGGCACACAUAAAAGCAAAUUGGAAAAAAGACGUACCGUCAAUAUAGAUAUAGAUCCUCAACAUCGAACUUAUUUAUCCGAACGAGACGUUGCAUUUUUGAGUUCUCAGACAGGACUCUCAAGAGAAGAAAUUUACGAUUGGCAUUUGAAGUUUUUCCAGGAUAAUCCUGAUGGAAGAUUAGACCGUUUUCAAUUUCGAAAAUUUUAUCAGCUACUAAGAGACGAGAGUCCAGAACGUUUGGAAAAUAUAUGUGAUCAUGUUUUUCGAGCGUUCGAUGUCGAUGGAAAUGGGUUUGUGGAAUUUGGUGAAUUUUUACUUGGCUUUGCAAUAUGUAGUAGAGGAGAUUUGAAGUCACGUCUCGACUAUGCAUUUGAAUGUUAUGAUCUCGAUUCUAAUGGAUACAUUACGUUAGAUGAAAUAUGCCCGGUGUUGAAUGCCAUGUAUACAUUGAUGGGAAUAAAACAUAUUAAAGAUUAUCCACCAGAGGCAGUAGCUAAAGACUUGAUGAAAAAAUUAGACACCUCAAAUGAUGGAAAAGUAUCGAAAGAUGAAUUUAUUUAUUUUUUAACCAAAGAAGGAAUUUAUCGAAAUACGGUAAAUCCAUUUAACUAG